AUGGUUAAGCCAAGCCUUCUCCUUCCAUCAUCAUCCAGGAGAAGGCUAAAGAAGGAGAAGAGAAGGAGAUGGCUAAGUGGAACAAAAACUGGCUGUGGUUUGAGCGUCACAAUAUCCUUGAAGUCACUUCAAGAUACACUACCAGAGGACUUCAAAAUUCUGAUUGUUAUAAGAGGCAUCCCGAAUGAGAUUGAAGUCGACGAGAUACUUGUCGACAUUCCAUACCAAGCUGAAUGCGAGAGACGCAAGAAGAACAUGGGGGAUGCAGGAUCAAAAAAGAAAACCAUCGUU